GUUCGUUGACGCUCGUUUGACUCAACCUUAUCCAAAGAGCCCAGAGUGGGCUGGAAGCUUCCACAAGCCGGAAGAGCACAACCAGCGAGGAGGGGAUGGAGAUAGACUGCCAGCCCGAGGAGUCCAUUGUCUCUUCAUUUGAUGAGGACUGUGUUGAGCUUGGCGACGUCAAAGACAUGAGACUGGAGGCAGAAGCAGUGGUCAAUGACGUACUCUUUGCCGUCACAGAAAUGCACGUGUCACAAAGUCUCAACAGCGCGUCAGACGUGGCUUAUAUAAAUGUGGAAACAAGAGAGGGAAAUCGGUAUUGUCUGGAGCUCACAGAGGCAGGACUGAGGGUGGUGGGCUACGCUUUCGAUCAAGUGGAUGAGGAUCUGAGCAACCAGUAUCAUGAGACUGUUUACUCGCUUCUGGACACACUGAGUCCGGGUUACAGAGAAGCCUUUGGGAAUGCUUUGCUCCAGCGGUUGGAGAGGCUGAAGCAAAACGGACGAUAAAAAAAUAAGGGGAGGGGGACCAAGAUGCUGCAUAAAGUUGUACAAGUGAAACAGGGGCUGACGAUAUGGGUGUGUUUGGAUAUGAGCCAAUAAUAACCAAGUCUGGUCAAAUAUUAUAGCCUAUUCUGUGACAUUCACCCGCCUAGCUACCACUACAAUAAGGGGUAUCCUGCCCUAUCAACUUUGCUUUGUUUCCAAGUUUCAUAUCAUUGACUGAGUCCAGGUUUGAUACUUAAUGGUUUUGUGACUGGUAGGGAUUGGCUGUAUGGGAUCUGUCGCAACAGCGUGUUGUUGACUUAUAACUGUGGAAAGAUUUUCCAGCUUCCACAUGUUACAUAUUUGUAACUGUGCACAUUGUUUAAGAAUCCUGCACCUUUUUGUACUCGUUGAGAUGAUCUGAGAAAGAAGCAGCAAGUUGUGUUGAUAGUAAUUCAUUUUCCCGCUCUGCCCUGCUUGCACUAAAGCUGUGACCUAAUGACUGAUGUCUGCUCAAAUAUACUCAACUACUCUCAUUAAGCAGGUGUCUCAGUGAAAUAGCCAAAGCUACAUUCUCUCUGUGUAACUCAUAUAUUGCCUUAAUGACUGAUUUUUGGUUGAAAAAAAAUUAACCCAUUACUUACAUUUUGCUAUUUUUGUGUUGCAAGAGAUAAUAUUUUGUGGGGCUGUCAAUUCACAUAGAUAACUAGGUCAGAAACAAACUUAUUUGAAAGUUCUGGACUAUAAACUGACACUGUAUUCAGUAUUGUCAAGUUAAUCGUGUAUGGGAUAUUUUUCUUCCCCCUCCAUACUGCAGUGCAUUGCAUCUGAAACUUGCAUUCCAAACUUGUGCUGUAAAAGUAAAGAAGCUUUGCUUGUGGAGGUUUAAGUAUGUAUUUCUUUUGUUGUGGUUUUGUCCUCAAACAUUUGUUCAUUUUUUGUCAUGACGCACAGCAUUUCAUCUCCAGAGCUGCUUUAAGUUGAUGUUGAUUUACUGUACAGGUGACCUGGUUAUGAUCCCACUUCAGUCUUAUGAAAUCUACUUUAAGAAAACUUGCUCCCUUUGCAUUCAUACUGUUAUUCCUUGCUGCUGGCCUUUGCUCAGACCAAUAAAAUCUCAGAAGUA